AUGGGAAAUCCCGGAACUGGAUACCACUCUAAGCCAGUGGGUGAUAUUGCAAAACAAGAUGCUCAACAAGGAAGGAAGGGUGGCUGUGGCUCUAUUAUGAGCAGAAUUUUGAGGAAGUUUAAGGUUAUAAUGUAUUCAGAGGAGUCAAAGGACAAGAGAACACAGAUUAUUAUCUCUCAGAAGAAAGCUGAAGAUACCCAGUCAGUGCCAAUAAAAAUAGCAGUAUUCCAGGAAGAGCUGGAUCAUCUCUGCUCAGCAAUGGAAAUCUCAAAGCUCCUGUCCGGAGAGGAUGACAUGCAAAACAACCACAACAUUCCACAAACCCUGAGACUUGCACCAUCAAGGAAGAGUGAUUUGCAGAGAAAGUAUUGCAACACACAGCAAGCAAAACUAAACUCAAGAGCAGUGAGAAAGCAACAAGAUCUCAAGAACAUGCCAGAUCUCUUCCACACCAGAUCUGCAAAACUGAUGGAAAAUGCUGGACAUACAGCCCUCCAUGCCAGAAGUCAGUCAAGCUCUUGA